ACCUCCGGUUUCGCUGACUAUGGCCCUCACUCCUGCAAGAUACACCAAUAGUUUUCUGCCUCCAGUGUCACACUCGGCUUUAACGAAUAGAGAACCAACGCCGACCAAAGAUAAUAGUGAUAAUGAUGAAGAAAGCAUAGACGUAACCAACGAAGAAGACGAUACUCCCUCUUCAGUCUGUGGCGUAUCGUCCAGUAGCGGUCCUUUACGACCUGAACCCCAUCCUGCUUCCAUGACAUCGGGGCUAUACCCUUCAUCUCACGAGACUAUAUACGAAACCUCGGCUAGGCUGCUUUUCAUGGCUGUCAAGUGGGCGAAAAAUCUACCUAGCUUCGCCAGUUUACCCUUCAGAGACCAGGUUAUAUUAUUGGAAGAAGCCUGGAGCGAGCUGUUUCUGCUGAACGCAAUCCAGUGGUGUAUGCCUCUCGACGUUUCGGCUAGUCUGCUCUUCAACAUAAACGAGCACGCGAAGAAUGGUAAUUCUGCAACGGAUGUUAGGAUUUUGGCAGACACUCUGCUCCGAUUCAAAUCCAUCCACGUGGAUCCAGCAGAGUUCGCUUGUCUCAAGGCUAUAGUUUUGUUCAGAGCAGAAACAAGAGGACUGAAAGACCCGAGCCAAAUAGAAAAUCUGCAAGACCAAGCUCAGGUAAUGUUGUGGCAGCACUGCAGGACACAACUACCAGGCCAAGUGGCUCGAUUCGGGAGGCUCCUGCUAAUGCUGCCACUGCUGAGGAUAGUUCCUGCCAUUAGGAUUGAAGCGGUGUUUUUCCAGAAGACUAUCGGCAAUACUCCUAUGGAAAAGGUCCUCUGCGACAUGUAUAAAAACUAAAAAAAAAAAAAACGGUGAUAACCCACACCAGAGAGUUAAUUCCAGUCGGUGUUGUUUUUUGUAAAAAAAAAUUAAAUGCCCAGUCUUGAGGAAUUGAAAGGAGGUAAUUUAUUGAACUGUCAAAACGUGUUUCUAGGGAUAAUUUAAGAUUGUGAAUGUAUAUACAGGGGCUCCAGUGAGACAAUUGUUUUCUAGGAACAUCAUUGUAAAUAUCUAGUUAAACAAAAAUGGAUUCGAGGAAAACACAAACGUCUAGGUCGCCAUCCAUUUUGGCGACGGUGUGAUUUUUGCUUGGGAAACGUGAAAUAGUUUACGUUAUUCAACAUUACACGAAUUAUUUGUUGUAUAGCUUUAAAUGAAUAAAUCGAAUGUCUGCAC